AUUAUAAUACCUGCAGUAUUGCGAUUCCAGCAAAAGAUGUCUCAUACGACAACGAUUCCAGUCAUUGACAUUGGCGCGUUUGUCGACGCCGCCAAGCGAGCUGACUCUGACGCCACCGCCGCAUCCCUCGGAGCCGCCUUCCGAGAUGUCGGCUUUGCCUACAUUACUGGCCAUGGUGUGCCGUCUGCCGUGAUUCAGAAGGCGUUCAGCCACGCCAAGCGCUUGUUCGAACUGCCCAUGGACGCCAAGGAGGCGCUCUCCAUGACUGGCGCCAACGCGCACACUCACCGAGGCUACUCGGGAUUUGGAGACGAAGUGCUGAACGAGGAGACCAAGGAUUGGAAGGAAGCCUUCGACAUUGGCUACGAUUUGCCGCCGAGCGAUCCGGACGUGGCUGCAGGAGUGCCGUUGCAUGGGCCGAACGUCUGGCCAUCGCAUGAAAGCGCCCCCGAGCUUGCCACGUUCAAGCACGACCUCGAGCUCUACUUUUCGCACAUGGAGCGCGUUGGACGGAGCUUGCUUGUCGGAUUUGAAAAGCACUUUGGCCUUGCCGACGGGUACUUUGAGCCCUUCUUCCAGAGGCCGCUCGUGCUCAUGCGUCUGUUGCACUACCCGCCGCUACCGGAGGAAAUGCUGAACUCUACAACCCCUGGUCGGGAUAUUGUCACUUGCGGCGAGCAUUCAGAUUAUGGCGGCCUGACGCUGCUUGCCGUGGACGCACCAGGGCUGCAGGUGAAAUCCACGAACGGCGAGUGGAUUGCGGCCCCGCCGAUGGGAAACGACGCGCUGAUUGUCAACCUCGGAGACAUGAUGCAGCGAUGGACGAACGACGUGCUCAAGGCCACGCCGCACCGUGUGGUGAAUGUCAAUCCACUGGCGCACCGGUACUCUAUUCCGUUCUUCUUUGAGCCCAACUUCCACUCGAUCGUGCGGUGCCUCGAGCCCUGCCUCCGGUUGAGUGGCACGACUGUGCCCAAGUAUCCCGAUACCCAGUAUGGCCCUUAUUUGCUAUCGCGGUACGACGCGACCUUCAACCAUCGCAAGGAUGACGAGUCCAAUCCCACGAAUGCGCGUCCAGGGCGGUACUAGAUCUCAACAAAAUACACGAGAGGUUGUAUUGUGAUUUUUUGUUUGUUGUGAUCGAUGGAUGCUUUGCUAAACAAAGUUCUUGAGACUGCAUUCCGCAGAACCUGGUUUGGCUAUAUUUGGUCGCGAUGAUUCAUUUGGCGAGUCUGUUGGGCUUUUUUUCCGAUUGGCGAUGCGUUCCGUUUCCACUUGCUCCAGAUGGCCCCAUCGUCUGUCGCGUGGAAGAGAGGCGUAGGGGAGGAAGCCCAUAGAAGUCGUGAUGUGGCGGCGUGGGCCAGAGAGCCAUCGAGUGAAGCAACCAGAGGCGCGAAGCGGCCAAACCUGCUUCGGCAGAAAUCAACACAGAGAUUGUAUCACGAGGCUGAUCCUCGGCCGCAUCGAAAUCGCAUCCGCCUCCUCGAUGGCAUCGAAUGGCAUACGUCUUCUCGAUAGCAUCGAAAUCGCAUCCUGUCAAUGACUCGGCGCAAGUGCUCGGUUCAAUGUGCGAAAACAAAAAGGUGACUACAACCUCACACUCGCAUGUCUUGUCGGGACUUUAACAUGACGGUCUACCUCGCUCAUGUCGAGGCUGGAGCCUUGCCAUGCCUGGUGUGUUUUUGGGUGGAUGUGAUUAAACGCGUUCGGGC